AGGUUGCGCACUCAGUUAUUGGAGGAAAAAAAAUUGAUCGUUUUCAUUAUUGUACAAACAUACUUACCUUUUUGCGACAGCUUGUGCGGAAGAGAUGGAGAAGCCUAGCAUCAAGCACUUGGAUUUUCAACUUCAACGAGAGAAGGCACGCUCAAGAGACCUAGAAGUUGAGUGCAAGGCACUACACACUCAAAUCGCGCAACUGGAGCAAGACAAGGCAGGACUUCGGCGGGAAAAACUGGUACUCAGCGAGGAAGCAAAAAAGAUUUCAAAGCUAGACGACCGCGUACACUUACUUCAGAAAGACAUCGAAAGCCGCGAUGCUAUCAUCGCAAGCGAGCGAGCCGCAGCGGAGCAGGCUCGUGCGGAAACAGAGGAAGUCCGCAAUAAUGCCAAUGCGUCGAUUGCGCAAUGGGUUGACGCGGAAAAGCAGUGGACCUCCGAACAGGCAGCUCUAAAUGAGGCAGCGAUGCAGUUUCGUGGCAAGAUUGAAGAAAUGGAGGCAUCACUGCAUGCGCUGAAAACUGAGCACGCGGAAACCACGCGGCUUCUCGACGUCGAGCGUGAGCGAGCUAAAAAACUGACAGAAGCUCGCGAUGCGUUAGAAGCUGAAGUGAGGAGCUUUCACUCGCAGGCAGAAAAGCUGCAAACCAAAAUCUGCGAUUUAGAGCAAACGAUCUAUAAGCUCGAUCUUGCUGGCGACAAGCAGAGGGAAACGAUUGAUUUGAAAGAUACCGAAAUCCGGACGCUCGAGGCCGCCCUCGAAAACGAGCAUCGAACGGUGGAGCGAAUGGAGCAGACAAUCAGCUCGCUUAAUGAUCGCAUCAACGCGGUGAAGAUGGUGAGCCUCGGAGAGAAGGGCGAGAACGAGAAACUGCAGUGCGACAUCAGCGAUGCAAGGAAAGAGAUUGCUCGGCUGAAUCUUCAUGUGGAAUCAUUGAAACGUGAUGCCAAUUUUUCCGCCCAGAGUCAAGCAGGUCUUCAGAAAGCGCUAGACGAAAUGAGGGAGAAGUGCCGUAUGCAGCAGGAGGAUUUGAAAGAGAAGAGUGUUGAGAUACGGCGGCAAGAACUCACCAUCAGCCAACUUAACGCGGAGCUUAAGAAAAGCGAAAACCAGGGCGGAGAGUGGUCGUUCCAAAAUUCGUCUCUGGAAGCUGAGCUGCAGCGAGCAAAAGAUGCUCUGAAAACCGCUACCAGUGUGACCGAGACGUUCGCUUUAGAAAAGGAUGACCUAGCUUUGAAAGCGCGUCAGCUGCAGAGUAUUAUCGAAUCAAAAGAUGAAGAGAUGGUGCUUUUGCAGAACCAGUCGGAGGAGAAAGUCGAAGUUCUCACGCAAGAUGUUCGCAAUCUUGAGAAAGAGGUUGCUGCUCGGCAGGGAGUGAUCAACGACUUAACGGAACAGCUGAAUUCGACGAGCGAAAAGAACGCAAAGUACUAUGCCAAAGUUCUCGAAGAAUCUGAGAUCGCUGGAAAAGUCCGGCAAGAGUUGUCGCAGAUGCUGUCUCACGCUCAUGCGAAGGAACGAGAACUCCAUUUUUGCAACUGCGUGGCAGAAAAAUCGCACUUGUUUUCCGCGUGGCUCAGCGAAUGGUAUGCAUUCCCGCAAACGCAGACGAGAGCGUUGUUUGAUUUUUGGCAGAACUCUCAGAGGGAGGCGGCAGAGCAAAGGCAGCAACUUUUUUCUCUCUCCCAGAAGAUGGAAGAGGCGACGCGCACUAUUUCUACGCAAGACGAAGUAGUACUCCAGAAAGAACGGCUGAUCACAGAAAUGCAGCAAGAAUCAGCACGGAAAGCGCACGAGGUUGAAGAGUUGGCAGCAAUGAACGCGGGCAACAAGGCUUGUAUUGAGGGCUUGCAAGCCGAAUUGAACGAAGCGACUCAACGGAUCGACACGCUUUCGAGAGAAGCGGAGCUUCUGAACCAACAGCUGAUCAUGAAAGAAGCGGCGCUAAGUGAGAAUGACGCGUUGCGUGCUGAAACCCACUCCUGUGCACUCGCUGAUCUUUCCGCAGCGUCAGACCUGCAAUCGUGCGCUUUGAAUUUCUGUAGUGAGCAAGCGGAUCAUUUGCACAGUUUGUGGAGUUCACGCGUGGAGACUUUAGUGGAUUUCUUCGUGACCACUCUGGCGGGUGCACAUGAAGAAAAAACUCAACUUUCGUUGGCAAAGAGGCAAGCAGAGUCUACGUGUCGUGAGCUCACUGCCUUUGUGAAGGAAGCCAAAGUAGCCAUGAGCAAGGGCGACAACGCUGUGGCAGAAAAACAAGAAUCUCUCAUGAGUCGCAUCACCCUUCUCGAAGGACAGAGAGCACUGUCACACAGAGAGAAGGAGCAGGCCACUACCCAACUUUCCGCGCUGCUGCGUCGCUUCGAGGAUGAGCAAAAGGCGCACGAGAGUUUCAAAAGAGAGUCACAGAUCAUGUUGGAAGCUGAGCAGGCGAAAAGCGCAGCGGCUGAAAAAAACUCUGCCAAGCUGCGUGCUGCCAUCAACUACGAAGUGUCGCGUAAAUGCGAAUACAAGGCAGCAUUAGAGGAGGUGAAAAGACGAUUUGGCGAGAGCGAAGAAAUGCGCGUUGCUGAGUCCGCGCGUGCUUUAGAGGCAAUUAAGAAGGCAAACGGUGAAUCCAACUACUGGGUGAUGUGCUUUGAUCGCCUUAAAAAGAUGGUGGAGCAGAGCCGUAAAAGCGGAAAACGGCUUCCCUCGAUCGAUGCGGACACAAUCCACCGGCUUGAAGAAGCGAAAACAAGCAUUGCCCCAAUGCAAGCACAAGACGUUAACUUUGCGGUUUCGGAUGCACCAAAGCUGAAGCGUCUGCGUGAUGAGGCAACUGGGGCGUCAAGGUAA